AUGCUUGCCAGUGUGUCAGUGAGCAAGGAGCCAUGUGCCCACACUGCUCCAGCCGCAACGACAGCACUCGCACCGCAGAUCACGCGACUCCUUUCGUUGAAGACAUUCGACUUGCCGCAACAGCAAGCAGACGACCUCACGCACUCGGCAUCGGCGGUGCUACCCACUCCAACGUCAGACAUUCUGGGCGGACAUCCACUGAGGAUCCUCGUGGCACCGUCAGGGUUUAAAGAGAGUCUGGGCCCAGAACACGUAGCUGAUGCGAUUGAGGAAGGCAUCCGGAAGGUGCUCGAUCGCAGUUCCGUUAUCCUGCGCAAACUUCCUCUGCAUGACGGUGGAGAAGGGUUUGCUCGUGCCUUGGUAGCGGCCCAUGGCGGAUCUAUCGUCGACGUGCCAGUCACCGGCCCUACUGGAUCGGCGGUCGAAUCGCACCUUGGUUUUAUUGGCAAGGACAAGAAGACGGCUGUUUUGGACAUGGCGGCAGCGGCAGGCCUCCGCUUGGUCCCGAAAGAUGAACGCGACCCAACGAUCACCACUACUUAUGGGGUGGGACAGCUUAUCAAGAGAGCGCUUGAUGCAGGGUCCACAAAGAUCAUCAUUGGCUGUGGAGAUUCGGGAACCUCAGACGGAGGAGCUGGAAUGCUCCAGGCGCUCGGUGUCCGGUUACUUGAUGAAGAUGGCGAGGAGUUACCCAAGGCCGGCGGUGGUCGAUCGUUAGCACGCCUAGCCAGCAUUUGCUGGGCUGAUGCGCAUCCUCGACUACAAAAGAAUGCUGGUAAGCCACCCACGUCUCACUUCGAACCCAGUUUUAACGUUGAUUUAGUCGAGAAGGUCCAGAUAGAGGCCGUAUGCAACAUCAAGAAUGUGCUCUGUGGUUCCAAAGGAGUCGCGCGAGUGUAUGGGCCGCAGAAGGGAGCUACGCCUGCUCAGGUCGAGAUGCUCGCGACAUCGCUUGAAAGGCUGGCGCAGGUUGCUCAGUCGACGCUUGGAGAGGACAUCUCUCAGACCCCGGGUAGCGGUGCCAGUGGAGGUCUCGGAGCAGGUUUGAUGUUGCUCGGCGCUACAUUGCGUGCCCGCGCCGAAGCCAUCAACGAGUACUUUGAAUUCGACCGGGUUUUCGAGAAUCAGUGGGAUUUCGUGAUUACGGCGGAGGGCGCUUUGGAUUUCCAGUCACCAAACGGAAAGAUGACGACAGAGAUUGCUCGUCGCGCAAAGCGGAACGGGGCGCAGGUGGUUGCACUAGCUGGUACCAUCGGGGAAGGAGCAGACGGCUGUUAUGGUGCAGGCAUCAAAGCCUUCACGAGCAUCCUCAGGGGGCCAGUAACCCUGGAACAGGCAAUCGUCCAGACUGAGGUAUUGGUCGAAGACGGCGCCGAGAAAGUGAUGCGCAUGAUCAUGGUAGGGUUGGCUCUUGGACGGCACCGCUGA